UGACUGCCCAGCUGUAUAAAUACAGCUACAGUUCGUCCAUUCAGCAUCUGAGAACACACUGCAUCACAAGAGGAUCCCCUCCACGCUGUGACCACAGAGCGCUGCUGCAAUGGGGGCCCUUGGAUUUGUGUUGUUUUCACUGCUUAUUGCAACCCAAGCAAACAUCAGAGCCACUGCUACUAAGUGUAUAGAAACUAAAGAAUGCUCGGCUUAUGAGGUCAUCUGCACAAACGCUGAUUAUGAGGUACGCCAUUACAACGCUUCCAAGUGGGUCUCUACGUCUGUCCAGUCCUACUUCAUGGAGAUGGCUGCCUAUGAUGGCUUCAGAAAGCUCUUCAAGUACAUCAAGGGUGCUAACGCAGACGGUGUACAUAUUGACAUGACCUCACCGGUCCUGAUUAAGAAACCUGAGGCAAGCAACAUGUGGGAACCAGUGACCUAUACGAUCAGCUUCCUGCUCCCGGCAGCCUAUCAGGACGCAGCUCCAGCACCGACCAAUGGAGAUGUGCACUUUCUUGAGAUGCCAGAGAUGCAUGCAUACGUGAAGUCCUUCGGAGGCUGGAUGUUGUCAGUCAACACCAAGCUCUACUCCAUUCUGCUCUCCAGAGAGCUCAACGCUGCCUCUGCCUCCUAUAACACCACCUUCUACUACGGAGCCGGAUACAACAGCCCUAGGACAGUGUUUAACCGGAAAAAUGAAGUGUGGUACAUCGCAGAGGGGAAGCCCAAAUGCAGCGGCCAGCAGACCUAAAAGAUCUAAAUUAUGUUCAUUUUUUUUUAAUUCUGGGUGAUGCAAAACCAUUGGCCAUAGCUGUGUGUAUAUUAUUAUUAUUAUUAUUAUUAUUAUUAAAUAAAAAAUAUACAAACAGA